AUGUCAACGGCUGGGUCUUCAUCAUCAUCGUACUGGUGCUACAGAUGCAACCGAUCUAUUAGGGCUCGAAUAGAUUCAUCUUUAUCUUGUCCUGAUUGCAACGGAGGUUUCAUAGAGGAGAUUGAUAGCCCGAAUAGAUUAAAUGGGUCUGUGAUUUCGGAGUAUCACCGGAGUCGGUUUCCUGCUGCGGCCAUGUACAUGGUUGGAAACGGGCAACACAGCCCGGCGCCGAGUCCUAGCCCGCCUUUACUCCGACGAGCUAGAAGAAAUGCUGGUGAACGUUCACCAUUUAACCCGGUUAUUGUUCUCCGUGGAGCAACAAGCACACCGGAAGAACCGGGUAGCGGUACGGAGGAAUCCGGCACCGGCGGUGGGUUUGAGCUGUAUUACGACGAUGGAGCCGGAUCGGGUCUAAGACCAUUGCCGGCAAGUAUGUCAGAGUUUCUAUUGGGUUCUGGUUUUGAUCGGUUAUUGGACCAAUUGGCACAAAUAGAAGGGAAUGGAUUGGGGAGAAUCGACAACAAUCCACCUGCAUCAAAAGCGGCCAUUGAAGCAAUGCCAACUAUUGAAAUUCAAGAAAAUCACGUGUCAAUCGAAUCAUAUUGUGCAGUUUGUAAGGAACCAUUCGAUUUAGGAUCAGAAGCUAAAGAAAUGCCAUGUCAACAUCUAUACCAUUCCGAUUGCAUUCUCCCCUGGCUCGCUUUACGCAACUCCUGCCCUGUAUGCCGCCAUGAAUUACCAACAGAAAACACAGAUUCAGGGGAUCAACCCAGAGAAGCAAAUAACCAAUCCGGGAACGAAGAAGAAGCCGUGGGCUUAACCAUAUGGCGGCUUCCCGGAGGCGGAUUUGCCGUGGGGAGAUUUUCCGGUGGAAGAAGAGGCGGCGAGAGAGAAUUGCCAGUCGUUUUCACUGAAAUGGAUGGUGGGUUCAACCAGAAUGGAGCUCCGAGGAGGAUUUCAUGGGCUUCAAGGGGUAGUGUCACUAGAGAACGCCAUGGAUUAAGAAGUGUUUUCCGCAAUUUGUUCUCCUGUUUAGGAGGUGGAUGUGUAAGAACAGGAAGAAGAGCUCUGGCUUCGAGUUCUAGUUCAAGUUCUGAUGAUCGAGCAAGCCAUCGAAGUAGAUCUUUGUCGUCUACAUUGAGCGGGUCGUCACGUAGACGCAGGGGGGCUGUCACGUUCGACGGACAUACCGAGCCUCCGAGGAGAUGA